GGGCGCAGGGCAGGCAGAGCUGGGAUAACCUGAGGGGGCGGUAGCGGCGGGGGCGACUCCCGCGUGUGUGCUCUGCUCCUCACGCAGCGGCCGGAGCCGCCUUCUUCCUCCUCCGCUCCCUCCCUUCCGCCCCCGAGUGCGGCGGCACCGCCUCCUUCCGCGCCGCGCGGCUUCCUCCAGACCUCUUGGCGCGGGUAAGACGAAGAGGGAUAAAAGUGAACUAAAAAUAACUUUGGCAAGUGUUCUGGUUUUCCAGUGUGUUUGAUCCUGGUGUGGGAAGUGUCUAAAAGUCAGGUGGCCAUCAUGUCCUUGAAGAUCCAGACAAGCAACGUAACCAACAAGAACGACCCCAAGUCUAUCAAUUCUCGAGUCUUCAUCGGAAACCUCAACACAGCUGUGGUGAAAAAGUCAGAUGUGGAGACCAUCUUCUCCAAGUAUGGCCGUGUAGCCGGCUGUUCUGUGCACAAAGGUUAUGCCUUUGUCCAGUAUGCCAACGAGCGUCAUGCCCGCGCAGCUGUGCUGGGAGAGAAUGGGCGUGUGCUGGCCGGGCAGACACUGGAUAUCAACAUGGCUGGAGAGCCCAAGCCCAACAGACCCAAGGGACUAAAGAGAGCAGCAUCCGCCAUAUACAGUGGCUACAGCUUUGACUAUGAUUACUACCGGGACGACUUCUACGACAGGCUCUUCGACUAUCGGGGCCGCCUGUCACCUGUGCCAGUGCCCAGGGCAGUCCCUGUGAAGCGACCCCGGGUCACAGUGCCCUUGGUCCGGCGUGUCAAAACCACCAUCCCUGUCAAGCUCUUUGCCCGCUCCACAGCCAUUACCACCAGCUCAGCCAAGAUCAAGUUAAAGAGCAGUGAGCUGCAGACCAUCAAGACAGAGCUGACGCAGAUCAAGUCCAACAUCGAUGCUCUGCUGGGCCGCUUGGAGCAGAUUGCCGAGGAACAGAAGGCCAACCCAGAUGGCAAGAAGAAGGGUGACAGCAGCAGUGGCGGUGGCAGUGGCGGGGGCAGUAGUGGUGGCGGCAGCCGGCCACCAGCCCCCCAAGAGGACACGGCUUCUGAGGCAGGCACACCCCAGGGAGAAGCACAGGCUCGAGACGACGGUGAUGAGGAGGGGCUGCUGACACACAGCGAGGAAGAGCUGGAGCACAGCCAGGACACAGACGCGGAGGAUGGGGCCUUGCAGUAAGCAGGAGCGACGGCCAGCGGCAGGAGAAGGGCGUACACUGUAUCAGGCCUCAUGCUGGGCACCCACCCCUGGAUACCACCCCCAGCGGGUCCCAGGAGAGCAGGCACCUCCUCCCCCACACGUCCCAGCCACUGCCACAUCAUCUGCAGGUGCAGUUAUCGGCCUCCCCUCCCCACAUACCCUCCUUGUUGGCACUGCCCAGGCCAGAGGACAGAGGUUUCCCCACACUCUACCUCCCCUUCCAGGACACUCCCAGGCUUGGGGUUUUUCUAUAGGUUUGGAGAGGGGAGGGUCACGGGGAGGGCACCCUAACAAUAAAGAGAUUGGAUCCCAACUUGCUCUGA